UAUGAGGAUAAUACUCAAAAUAAAUUAUGAAUGGGUAUUUUGAGCAUAACAUUAAAAAAUAGAUUAUGAAUUUGGAAAGAUAAUCCAAAAAGAGAAUGAAAAAGCUCAUAAUUCUCAAAUUGUCUCUCUAAAGGAUAUUUUUCAAAAUGCAUUGUGGGACAAUGCAUCAUCAAAAUUGAGCUGCCAAACGAAAAAAACCUGGAAAAUGGAUAAUUAUAAUGGCUCCCAAACACCCCCUCGAUUUGGCCUACUGAGGAGUUUCGUCUCUUCUCCAACUUCGUUAUGUUCGAAGAUUAGGCUAUGCAUGGCUUUGGGCAUCAAUUCCCCCAAAUCUUCCUGACCGUUAGAUUCAUAUAUAAAAUUGAUCUUAGCCGUCUAUCACAAAGGAGAACGAAAAUAGUUGGAAGAGGUGUGUUUGGGAUUUCUCAAAAUGAUAAAAUAAUCACAAAUUAUGACAAAUAAAGUUGUUGAACCACCAAACAAAAUACUUAUAUUCAUUCGGGCAAAUCUACGAACACUUGUAGUGCAUUGUAAGCCCGAUCUCUAACCAAUGACUGCUUCGUAAGAAUAUUUUGAUACAAAAAGGAAAAGAAACUCUGAAAUGAAACAGAGAAGGCUACCUUGUCUCCGACUAUGCCUCUUGGUGGUAAUCAAAUGGGGGCUCUUGAAUCAAUUGGCGGAGAUUACCGGGAGAUAUCACAACCGAGAUAACAAGAGUUGCUCUAAAACCUGAUCAGUGAUCACGGUCAGUUGUUUUAGGAGAGAGAGAGAGAGAGAGAGAGAGAGAGAGAGAGAGAGAUUUCCUGGUUUUCAAUUUAAGCCUUUAAGGUGGUGGGUUUGAUUUGUUUGACCGGAAUGUUUUGAAUUAAUCCCCCGCUCAAUUUAGCGAGAGAGGGAAAAGCUGGGUUUAUUGGGCCCAUUAUUUCGGUUUGGACAGCCACAUAUGCGUUCGUGCGAGAUCCCUUCCUCACGGACGUACCUUAGCUAGCGAGCGCGAGCUAGAGCUAGCUUUUGUACGCGAAUUGAAUUGGGGGUUGACGUGGAAUGGUGACAUACUCCAGACGUCUCUUCCCUCUCUGCCAUUAAUAGCUUCAUCUCCUUCCUACCUCUCACUCUCUCUCCUCAACCACCUCUACCCAACACUUAGAUAUCCCUCAUUUUUUCCUGAAUUUGCUCACCAAAUCCAACCAUCAAAAACUACUUGCAUUUUGUGGGAUUUCAUUUUUCUCUCCCUUCCGAUCAUGGAUUGCUCUGAUAACCCUUACGGACUUCUCUUCGAGGCGAUCUCGAUGAUACCCAUUUCGCACUACGCAUUGGGUCUUUUGUGUAUUCUGAUUGUUGUUCUGUACAACUUCUUGGAAUUCCAUUUGCUUGAAGAUCUUCUCACGGGAUUCCGUGGAAGUCCCGUGUCACUGACGUACAAUUCGUGCUCUGAGAUCUACGAAGGUGUGGCCUCCAAGUGUAAAAUUCUUCAUGGAAGGUAUUUAGCAACACCUUGGCUCGCGAGUCCUCAUAUUCAGACUACUUUCUUGAAUUUCUUUGGGAGGCCUCCUGCUUUUAGCUACAGACGACAUUUAUUUCAUGCAUCUGAUGGUGGUACAAUUGCUUUGGAUUGGCUGUUGAAUACCGACGUUUCAGGAGAGGGCGUAUACCGGAAUAGCUCAAUUGCUAAAGAUGACACAACUCCUAUUAUGGUAGUCAUACCCGGACUAACAAGUGAUUCUGCUUCUGCUUAUCUAAAACAUCUCGCUUUCAAUACGGCAAAGCAAGGAUGGAAUGUUGUUGUUAGCAACCACAGAGGAUUGGGUGGCGUUUCUGUAACUUCUGAUUGCUUUUACAAUGCUGGAUGGACUGAGGAUACAAGGGACGUUAUUGAUUAUCUUCAUCGCGAAUAUGCCAAUGCUACACUGUAUGCCGUUGGGACCAGCAUUGGUGCCAACAUCCUGGUAAAGUACCUCGGGGAGCAUGGGGAGAAUGUUCCUGUUGCUGGGGCUGUUGCCAUCUGCUCUCCAUGGGACCUACUGAUUGGUGACAGGUUCAUCUCGCGGAGGCUUGUACAGAAGUUAUAUGACAGAGCUCUUUGCAUUGGCCUUCAAGGUUAUGCACAAUUGCAUCAACCUCAUUAUUCACGCCUUGCCGAUUGGGAAGGCAUUAGAAAGUCCCGUUCUAUUAGAGAUUUUGACAACUAUGCCACCUGCCUUGUUGGGAAAUUUGAGACCGUGGAUACAUACUACAGACGAUGUAGCAGUUCUAGUUAUGUGGGAAAUGUUUCUGUCCCACUACUCUGUGUCAGUGCUUUGGACGACCCACUCUGCACUGCAGAGGCCAUUCCAUGGGAUGAGUGCAGAGCAAACAAAAAUAUUGUCUUGGCAACAACAAAGCAUGGGGGACAUCUGGCAUUUUUCGAAGGAAUUAAAGGAUCUGGUCUCUGGUGGGUAAGGGCAGCUUAUGAAUUCCUUAGCAUUCUUCAUUGCAGUCCAUUUCUGCAUAUACAAAAGAAGACACAGAGUACCGCUCCACAUUCUUCAUUGGAAUCAUCAAUUGAUCAGGGCCCGUAUAUUAAUCUUACAGGUGGAAUGGUGGCUGCAAUGGGCAAUGAGCUAGUUACAAAUGAUGUGGUAGAAAUAGAACACCUAACCAAAGUGCAAAAGAGUCAUGAUAUAGUAACUGAGGAAAUCGUUUUAGAUUCCAAAGAAGGUGAGGUCCCAAUCAGAGCAAACCCUAAUUUCAGAAACACUGUACCCGGGACCUCUAAACAACCUGAAGGAGCCAAAGGGAGAAACUCUGUUGAAUCAACUAACUCGAUAAGAAGAUGCUUGAAUCAACUUUUCCAGCAAAACAGAAUUUCGAUGUGGCUUCUUGGUUACAUUGCCAUUGUAUCAACUUGGCCAUUGGUAGGAGCCGCUCUACAUUUUGUCUUCAAGAAGAGGCUCAGAAGUGUCUUACCGGCGAACAAAGCAUAGAUCUCCAUGCUGGUAAAUUGUAAACAAUGUUCAAUACCUGUAGCUUAUUAACUUUAAAUUUCGAAAUGUUGUUUCGCAGUUGAGGAAUGACUACUUGCCAUCUUUCUAGUAGUGUAUAGAAUCCUGCCUAUUGUUCAAAGCAUGGAGCCAACUUUGAAACCUACCAUUAAAAAUAAGUUCUCUCAAGAGUCACUGGUAAUUUACAUCAACAUGCAUUUUGAAA